GCUUCGAUUCCGCCCUUCCCAUCCCGCAGACCCCCGCCCCCGUCUCCCCCCUAGCUCUGUAGCUCCCUGCGCACCCCCACUCCCCGGCCUCGGAGAAAGGAAAGCCGCCCUGGCACCGGCUCCUCCUCCUCCCCCUGCUCCGCCUUCCCGUCCCGGUCUGGAGCAGAGAUGGGUGUCUUCGGUGGAACACCUCCUCCAACCUGCCCCUCGUCUCGGCACUGCGCAGAAUGGGCCCGAACCUACCUGAAGUACUGCUUGUGCAGCCAGAAGGACAGUGCUGCCCUGGCACUUGGGCUGAUCAGUGUCAUAAGCUGGGGCGUCGCCGAGGUGCCGCAGAUAAUAACAAAUUACAGACAGAAGUCAACAGAAGGGCUCUCUAUCGCUUUUCUAAUGACCUGGAUAGUUGGGGAUUUGUUUAACCUUGUUGGCUGCUUCCUCGAACCUGCUACUCUGCCGACCCAGUUUUACAUGGCAUUGCUGUAUACAAUAACUACUGUGGUCCUAACUGGACAGACGAUAUACUAUAGCCACAUCUACCACCAUCUUGAAGCGAAGAAAUCCAGGGCAACCAGCAAGCCUCAGAAGCAUCAGCGAGGGGAUACUUCAUUACGUGAGAAGCUUUUGGGUGCCAAGGAUGGUGGGGCAUCCAGAAACAACCACCAGUCAGAUGCUACAAUUUCUAUUCUAAGCUCACCUAUUCCUGUUAAUACGAAAUUUGCCGAGCAAUACCAUACUCCAAGCAGCCCCACCUCAGACUACUACUAUAUGUCAGCUAGAUCUUUAUCAAGGAGUCCAGUGCCAACUGCUGGUACAUGGUUGGGCAAUAGUCGUCAGUCAUCAAGGACGCCUCCACAAACGAAUGGCCAUAGGGAACCUUUAAUUGGUGAGAUCACUACAGCACAAUCUGCAUCACCUACUAGAACGAAAAAUGCCCUCUCAGUGGUACCAUGGCUGGGUCUUCUGUUCAGCAUGUGUCUCUUGCACAUUUUAGUUGGAAACACACGUAGGGAAGUGCCAAGUGGAACUGUCAUACCAGUGGGAAGAAGGCUUUUACUGUUUAAGGAUGAUCAAGGAUAUUCAUCUCUCAGCCAUGGCAGUGGAAGUGAAAUUGGAAGCUUUCUUGGUUGGGCAAUGGCAAUAAUCUAUAUGGGUGGACGACUGCCCCAGAUUUUCUUAAAUAUGCAAAGAGGCCAUGCUGAGGGGCUCAAUCCAUUAAUGUUUACCUUCGCUUUAUUGGGGAAUUCGACAUACGUAGGAAGUAUACUUGUAAAUAGCCUGGAAUGGUCAAAACUUAGACCAAAUCUGCCUUGGCUUGUAGAUGCUGGAGGAUGUGUUUUACUGGAUUCUUUUAUUGUUCUUCAGUUCCUUUAUUUUCAUUACCAGAAGCAAAAUGAGCAUUCAGAUGAGCACGACAAUGCAGAUAAAGCUUAGUUGACAGCAAGCGAGGAAUCCCUUUCCUUCUUCAGGGCAAAAGUUUCAGGCAUGAAGGUACGCCCCAUACUUCAGCAGCCCCGCAUUUCUGAGAUGCGCUAGCGUUAAUUUGUUCCUCGGAAGAGCUCGCUGCAUUUUCUGGGGCAUUGUUUCAGAAGUUUGGUGCCUGCAGGGCGACUCGGAGCGAGCAUCAUGUGAAGACGUUUCAGGCAGUUUUUUCUGUUCUGUAGUAUGUCAGAAUGUCUUGUUGUACAUCCAAUGUCAACUGGCUUUCUUUCAUUUUCUGUUCUUUUCGUAGCUUCUUUUCCCUUAAACAGACUGUAUAUUCGAGAUGGCAUCAUCGGACAACAAUGUGUUGGUUCUUACUACGAUUUUUUUUUAUCACACUGCUUAGCUCCUCUCGAGUGUGGCCAAAUUUAUAGUAAAUAGUAUUAGUGCUUAUGUC